AAAGAGGAUGCUAAGAGAACUGGUGGGUGUGUUGGUGACUUUUGUAGCUGCCACUGUGCCUCUGUAUGCCCUGGCCGCCUCUCUACUGAGAAAUGGGCCUCCCCUGUCAUUCCCCUCUGACAUGGACCAGCUGCGAUCCCUGGCCUCCCAGCUGGAAAGACUGAGGGAGCAGCACUAUGGCAGAGUUCUCUGCGUAUUUUCUGCUGCCUACCUCUACAAACAGACCUUUGCCAUCCCUGGCUCCGUCUUCCUAAACAUUCUAGGGGGAGCAGUGUUUGGGGUGUGGGUGGCCCUGCCUCUGGUGUGCCUCCUGUCUGCCUGUGGAGCAUCUCUCUGCUACCUCCUCUCCCUGGUCUUCGGUCGCAGGCUGGUCACCAGGUACCUGGGGCACCGUCUCACUCCACUCCAGGACAGGGUUGGUAAUAGAGUAUUACAGAACACCCCCCACACGAGAGAUUGUGGAUCAUGAACCUGGGCACAUUUCAAGGAAAAUGUCGAUGUUUACACGAGACAAUAGUCCCAUGCAACUAAGUCUGUGCAACAACACAUGUGUUUACGUAUACAGAUCCAUCUGCAGACUUGAAGGAAAUCCUCAUUCCCUACAUGAAUUUUCUAAACUGAGACAUUUCGCAAUUCACUAUAGAUGUUUCAGUGGCAAAAACCCUUGUUAACCCUCGGCGCGCAUGCGCAGCGAGGGUUACGGUAGUUGGGUCUGUCUGUUUGUCUGUUACUCGACAUCUCACUUCUGGAGUGUUUGUUCGUCUCACAAACGAUACGACCUACUCAACGGGCAACGAAGCUCCACUCCAGUAAGGGAGCUGAGCUGUUGCUGGUCCUCCUAUCUCUGAGACUGUUCCCCAUGUCCCCAAACUGGCUCCUCAACCUCUCAUCCCCACUUCUCGGGGUGCCCCUUCAUCUCUUCUUCAUCUCCGUCCUCUUUGGUCUUCUGCCCUACAACUUUCUCUGUGUCCAGUCAGGUCUAAUGUUGGCAGAGUUGAGGGGUGUGGCCAUCCUUGACCCCGCCUCCAUAUCCCUACUGGUGCUGGGGACUGUGUUGCUACUGGCAACAGGCCUAGGAAUGCGCUAUUUUCAUUCCAGACUGGAGCAGACUAGGACCAGUAGAUAGCACGAGCAAAACUUCCUUUUGAGUCAAAAGCUCUGUGGGAGUGGACGGAGGUCGAAGGUCACAAUUUCUCUGGUUCCAUUCCAUCAGAUGUGUCAGUCCAGACUGGACUAUGUCAAGUUAUCGUCAACCUCAUACCCAUGCACAUGAGAGCCACCACAAUAAGAAAAUGCAGUGUCGUCAUAGAAGAGAAAGAGUGGAAACAAGUGGAAUAAGGGAUUGGCUCAAAACACAAACAAGGGUUCAUUACGCAGCAAUAACACGCAUGACACAAUCAUCUUUAAAUUAUCAGAGAAAAAUAUCAGACAAAGACAAUGGUGUGUCUUUGCUGUGUAAUGAACCAUUGUUCUUUCCUUUUUGUGUCUUGAGCUGCUCCCUUCAUUUUGGAGAUAUGCACUUUUCCACUUGUAUAUACAACGAACAGGAAGCCUCGGCAGCAUCACCCACCGUGGUGGCUGCACAUAUGGCAUGGAAAGCAGUACAACCGAUGGUUUGGCCCGGGUCUCCAAAAUGACCUCAAACAGAAGAUCCUCGAGUCAACCUACCCAUCAGUCCACGCAAAAAAAGACUCUCUUUUCCCUUAUUUCCUUACUGGAACAGACUAGGACCAGUAGAUAGCACGUUGUGUACAGCAUUGAACUGCAUCCUCAUCAAUUUUAUCAUUUCAAUGUUGGUUUGAGAAAGUGGCUAUGUGAGAGAAAACAGUUGCUCUGAGAUGUAAUGUUGUGUUAUACAGAGAACUAUGGCAUUCCUCAUGUCAUGUGAGGUUUUUUGAAAAACAUGUUUUUACACUACACAUACGUCCAAAGUAACAAUGUGCAGAGCAAACUUCCUUUUGGAGAAACAUCCAUUAUGUACGCCAGUCUCAGUUAGCACAAC